GGUCAACCGUAUCUCGGAACCGGGAUACUUUAUGGAGCUGUUGAUACUAUCAUCAGGAAUUCAUUUAACCAAAUAACCUGGUUAGGUAUUGGUCCAACGGUGAUCUACCAUGAAAAUUAGUCUUCAAUAGGCUAUACCUAGAUAUGGUGAAAACUAUUUUGGCAGAAGAUAGCCUUCAGGACAAGCUCACCAGUCUAGCCAAGAAUGGUGCCUUUCAAAUUGGAUUGCUGAUUGGUCAGUGCUCUCCUGAGAAGGAUUUUAUUGCUCACCUGGCACCAACUCCUACAAUUGAUGAGGGAGAUUUGAGUUCAGAAGAGGAUGAGGAGGCAGUAUCAAAAAGUGACCAGAUAAGAUCCAAGGCGCCUGAUUCUAUAGCAAAGAUAGUGGAUGCUGUUUUAGCUCAACACACAAGGCAGGUUGUACGCAUGUUGCCAGGGGGACUUGACAUUAUUGGUAUUUAUGUGGUAACUCCCCAGUCUGACUUCACUGCUUCAGCCAAUCAGUCCAAGCUUCGUUCUAUACUUGGAGCAGUUCACCGUACAGCUUCUAAAAUUCUUCUAGGAACCGUGGAAUCCACAGCAGAAAAAUGCAUACUUCAUGUGUGCACACAAACUCUCAAAAUUGUAUGCAAGUCUCAGGAAGUAUCCACUACAGCUCCAAGUGUAAUGUCUACUGUGGACUUGAAAUUUCAGAGAGGUGGUGUUAGAUGGCAGCAAUUAAGCUACACAUACAAUAUCAAUCUCAACUUUUGGCUGCCAAAAGAUAAAUCAACCCAGUCUCUCUAUAAAAUGGUUUUGACCUACAUUAAGCCAUGGGCAGAUAGUGUGAGCAGUUCACUCAUUCUCAUUGAUUCAGAGCUACCAGAUGACAGUGAUCUCUUAGAUCCAGAAGCAGAAGAAAAACCUACUAAGAAAAAAGGAGGCCGGGGUGUUAUGGAAUUAACACCCCCAAAAGUUUUUAAUGUAGAAAUCUUGGAUUCUUGUGUACCUUCGACCAACAGUGAUGGAAAAUUAGAAAGCUCAGGGUCUCUACGUUUAAUUGGAGCAUUGGCGGGUCUAGCAUUCGUACAUUCAAAGGCUACUGUAGGGGAAGCACGAGCAGCUGUCCUUGUAGACCUAGUACGCUCAGUUGUAUCAAGAUGGGAGAUGCAUUGUGAUUCACUAAUUGAAGAACCUCCAUCUCAUCUCAUUGGUCCAAUUAUACAUGAACCCCCAAGAAGAGUCUUCUUGGAAGGUGGGGGAUUACCAGUUAGUCUUUGUGACUAUUUGUUCCCAGGUGAUACAAGUGCUGAUGCAUGUCAGUCGGCUCAAGAGCUCUUAGGGGUCAAAGUACGAGAUGAGCAUGUAGAUGACACACUUGAAACAUUCAAAGAAGUCGAGACAGAAGAAGAUGUGGUGCCUGGUGAGGAAGAGAUUCGUGAACAUGGAAGUACUAUUAGGAGUGGACCUGGUUCAUGUCCUGUAGCUUAUGUUAUGUUAGCGGUUGCUGUAGGCAUUGUUGGAUUAGGGUUAUCCUAUGUUACACUUCAAGGAGACAAAAUGGUUACCUAAUAAGUAAUCUGUAAUUCGUUAAUAACGAAGUGUAACUACUGUACUUGUACUGAUAUAGUAUGUUUCUUACUUGAGAGGCACAAGUAACCCAUUGUUUUUAUAUGGUACAUUUAAAUUGGUAAAAGUAUGCUGUUGCUGGGCUUUCUCAUAUUUUAAGGUUAUCAUAGUAAAUAUUUUGGCCUUGUUGGCCUCUGUAUUUUUAUUUUACAAAUACAAGGUUAAAUUUAACGUGAAGGAAAAUUAAAAUCUUUUGAUAUUGAAA